GCCAGGGCAACGGCGUUCUUUGAGGCAGCGGGCUUGGGACUGCUGCAUCUUUAUCUCCACAGAGGCGGGGGUGGCGGGAAAGACCCGUCCCCUUCGAGGGGAAGUGGAUGACGCUUGGAUGUCAGCGGCGCCAGUCGGUGCCUAGGCGUCCAGCCUUCGUUCCCACCGGGAAAGUGAGGGACCGCACGGACCACGGGCAGAGGAUGUCGAUGGAUGUUAUAAAGGGAAACCUAGAUGGAAUUUCAAAACCAGCCUCUAGUUCAAGGUCCCGUCCUGGGAGCAGAAGUUCGAAUGCUUCUCUGGAGGUGCUCUCGCCGGAACCAGGGGCCUUCAAGAUUGAUAUGGUAAACAAGUUGAAUUCUAGUAAGGAGGGCCACUCGUCAAACAGAAGCAUGGAAGACAGAAGAAACAGUCGUCCUGACAAGUGGGCAGGCUACUCUGAGAACACAAAACCAGCCCGGGAGGGCUCUGCGGAAGACCCGGACUUGACUCAGCAGAUGGUCCCUGAGCAUUCAGGUGUUCUCGGGGGGCCAGAUGCUCAGCUUCAAAAUGCUAUUCGUAAAAUGCACAGACUGGAUAAGAUACUGGCCAAAAGACAAUGCAGAGAAAAGGAAGUUAAAAAGCGAGGUGCAGAAAUGAGAAUGAAGCUGUGGGGGGAACUCAAGUCUGCAAAAAGCACUGAAGACUUGGAAAAUGACGAAGAGUCGGAAAACACAAAAAGGUUUUUGUGUCUGACUUCGAAGUCUGCAGGAACAGCUGGAGAGCCUUUACACUGUGAGUCUGAAGACACCUUCUUCUCGGUAUUUCAUACUCAGAUUCCUCCAGAAAAUUAUGAAAAUUGCGUGCAGACUGUCAAGAAGGAUUUUACCUGUGAUGUGGAAAAAAAUGAGCCACUGAUCAAAACAGAAAAGAAACUCCUUUCAAAUACAGAAAAGAUUGAGCUUAGGAGUAAACCCAGCCAGGAUUUUAUUAAGCGGAACAUUGAGUUGGCCAAGAGUUCAAGAAGCCCGGUGGUUAUGAUUGACAGAGAGAGGAAAAGGCUGGAUGAACUCCUGAAAGGCCUGGACGAUACAGAUUCAGGACUGUCCAGUUCUGAGAGUGAUCAGUGUGGUUGGCUGGUCCCAGGAGAAGGCUAUACCCUUGCAGCCACUGACUCUCAGCAACUUGCUCAGAUUGACACAAAACUCCAGGAGUUCUCUGUGGUCUCGCCAACCGUCUUCAGCCUUUACCCAGGACUUGAGAGUCAGAGCAAUAAGGAACCUGACCCCGAUGAAGAAAGAAACACGGAGCCAACUCCAGGAGAAAAGAUACUCCAGGACAGCAAAGAGCAAAGGGACCAGCAGUGUCGGCUGAGAGCCAUUGAUGGGAAGCUGAGAGAGAUCAAUGAACAGUUAAACUUCACAUUUCGUCUCUCUGAGGAACAGCUCAAGUGUCUCCUGGAUGAGUGUGUAUCCCAACAGAAAUGCAUCCCUCUUGGCCUUUCUUCUGAAAGAGAAGAUAAAGCUAUUGAUACAGCACUUGGGCCCCCACAGCUUUGCCCAUCCGCCCUCUGUGAGUUACUAGAUGAGUCCGAAGCCAAGGUCCAGAAAACCCAGCUAGAUGAUGCAAACAGGCCCGAGAAGGAGGGAUGUGGGUCUGCUGUAGGCUCCUAUCUCACCAAAGCCUUGGCUGGGCACUACAAACCAGAAGCUCUCAUCAUUGAAGUGGAGACCAUGAAGUGCCUCCAGUUCUCAGAGGAGGGGGCUUUCAACGAUGCAGCAGACUAUUUUAUGUCAAAGACCAUUGGCAUUGGGAGACUAAAAAAGCCCCCUUUCUUGGAUGAUCCCCUGGAUGACAUCAAUGUGGACUCCUCCUCAGAUGACCAACAGCCGAAACUCAGCCAUCCAGAGAAACCAGCAGUAGAUAUGGUGCCAUGGUUCAGUCUUGCAUUUUACAAUAGUACAGUGGCACAGGAGUCAGUCACUAUGGGUAGGUUUUAACAUGAACAAGUAUUAAAUUACUAAUCCGUGUCAGAAAUUAAUGUCAUAAUUUGUGAGCCUAUUUAAACAGCUUAAACUUUAACCUUUAAUGUAGUCUACUUUAAAGCCCAUUAUCUGUCUGUCUGUCUGUCUGUCUAUCUAUCUAUCUACCUGCCUAUCUACCUACCUACCUACCCAUCCAUCCAUCCAUCCAUCCAUCCAUCCAUCCAUCCAUCCAUCCAUCCAUCCACCACCUACCCAACCACCCACCCAUCAUCUAUGUAUCUAUGUAUCUAUCUAUCAUCUAUCUAUCUAUCUAUCUAUCUAUCUAUCUAUCUAUCUAUCAUCUAUCUAUCUAUCAUAUGUCUCUAUCUAUCUAUGUAUCUAUCUAUCAUCUAUCUAUCUAUGUAUCUAUCUAUGUAUCUAUCUAUGUAUCUAUGUAUCUAUGUAUCUAUGUAUCUAUCUAUCUAUCUAUCUAUCUAUCUAUCUAUCUAUCUAUCUAUCUAUCUAUCGAUCUAUCAUAUGUCUCUAUCUAUUCCCUUUGAGGUCUAUGACUGGUUGAUCUUGAACUAACACUCUGGUCCCAUGUUUCUACCUGACUUCCAGGCAACUUGACAACCCCACACUCAUUUCUUCGUCUUUCCCUCUUAACUCCCAUUUUUCUCCUGAUUCCCGUUUCUUUAAUCACUUAGGCUCAAAAUCAGAGUCAAUAUUGAGUUGGAUAACAUUACAGAAGGAACAGUCAAUACUGGGGAGAUGGGAGGUGGAAUUAAAGGUCAGUCCCCAAGGGUGAACUGCCCUUCACUGGGUGGGAUUUGACCACUGCACAGAGAAGGACUCAAAUUUACAAAGCACAGGGAAUGCAUGUCCCUUUCUUAUCUGUGCCAGCUCCCUGUACAUCCUGGUUUUCCCCGUCCCCACCCCCAUCGACCCCCCAGCUUGGGCAUAUACCUAGGAGUGGAAUUGCCAGGCCUAUGGUAAUCUUUUGAGGAACUGACAGUUUUUGAUCACACGUCCUACAGCUUUCUCCUUACUCCUCUUUUAUUGUCUUCUCUUAUUUGAUUUCAUUGUGGUUCUACCUUUUUUGCUAACUUUUCUAUCGAAGGUAGAAAAAUAUGCCCCAUUGGUGGAACAUUUCUUCCCCCUCUCUUUUAAGAGGAAAAAGGCUAUCGGUCUCCUCUGUCCUCCAUGGAGCAUUUACUUUGGGCUUCAGCCUACUCCUCAGAAACUUAGUAGAAAGCAAAAAGGUAAUUUUGAUGUCUUCCCCUAAAUCUUCAGUCUUUCAACCCUCAAUUGUUUUCUGAACUGUAACUCCAGUGAAGACAGACGCCUUCUUUUUCCCUGUGGACUUGUCUGCAGUUUGUGGUGACUGUCAUAGCAAAUAGGCUGUGGUCAUUGUGUUAUACAGCAGAAUGAAUGACUUAAUGCUUAAUAGGCUGAAUGAUUUUUCUUAAUUAUGUGUGUGUUUCUGACUGACGAUUUUUCUUAAUUAUGCAUAUGUUUCUGAUUGUAU